AUGUCUUUGUAUUUUUCAAAGAGCAUAGGUAUUGGAUUAGAACAAAAUCCAUAUUUUCAAGAAGUUAUGACUGGGUUGGAAAGCAAUUGGAAAGGUUAUGGAUAUAAUAACGGUGUUCUGUUACUUCAUCUGUCUAAAUUACGAUCAACCAAUUGGAAUCAUCUAUGGUUGAGCAUAACUAGAAGAGCUAUUAAACGUCAAGGUUACUUAAUCACUGGUGAAAAGGUAGGUUCAAACUUCUUACAUAUUCAUUAUAACUACUUUUAA